UCAAGCAAAACCAACAUUAAUAACAAUAAUGGUGUGACGGGUGGGCCGCCCACGUAUGGCACGAGUAUUAAGUAUACGACACAAGUGUCGGGUCUUCCGCGACCGCAAACGGCACACAUUGUCUCCACUUCUAGUCAGAGCGCAGACAACCAUAAGAUAAAGGCGGCCAACCAUACGGACAGUCGGUUCAGACAGUACUCGGGCGAUAGGACGCAGAACAGCGUCCGAUGCGAUGCGAGUCAACGUCAAGUCAAACCCUAUUAUUACGGAAUGAGUACUAAUAAUAAGCCGUAUGAGAGGCCCAACACCAACACCAACGCCGCUAACAAUAGCUUCAAUUACAACAACCGAAUGCAGUUUCAACCCCAACCCCAACCCCAACCGCCCAACCCAUCCAAACCGGUGUUCUCGCCCUCUUUCAACAGUCAACCCAUUAACCAAAAACCUAAAGCUAUGGCACCGAACGGUUCGCUCAGUUUUAGACCAACUCUUAAGCCGACGCCUAAAAGAGACGACUCUUCGGUGAAAGAGAUCUCUAUCGAGAAUAAUAACGAAAAUUAUAUCAAAAAUAGUGAUAAAUCGGAGACCAAUGAAGAUCUCGAUUGUAAUUCUAAUGAGAAUUCAUUUCUACCCAAAAGUAUUCAACGAAUGAGAGAAUUGACCCCAAAUUUCAUGAGAAGAGACUCUAAGGAAUCGGGAAGUGAUGUGAAGUGCGACAAAACGAUGACCGAGUCGGGCGUCAAAGGGGACAGUAUUAGUUGCGUCGGCCCUAACAGUGAGGUCGACAACAGAGACUUUCUAAUCGACGACGAGAUCAGUGAUCAGCCCGAGCUUACCCUCGCCUCGAGUAUCAGUAAAAAGGAUUUAAUGAAAACAUUGAAUUCAGAACUCGAGGGACUUAUUCUGAAACAGGAGUCGAGUCACGCGAGCCUAUCGUCGCCGACCCCCUCCUCGCCCAGUGUCUCGCUAUCCACGUCUUCGUCGGCGUCGACAGUGAUUCCCAACAAAAAGCCUUUCCGAAGGCCGAGACCACUAUCGUUGGUCGAAGGGGCCGACGGCUCCUACGGCUUGGAUUCGCCUUCGUUUCGGGCCGCGAGUCAGGACUUAAUUGGUAUCAAAACUCUACUCUUCAGACUCCACGGCUUACUUCAGAAUGCUGAAACGCUGAACCCAUUUGAGCACAAUUACACUCAAAACAAAUUUUACAAUCAAUUAAUGAUUGCGGAAAACGAUGACAACAAAAGCGGUGAUUGCGAUGACUUAAGCAAAGAGAACUUCGAUCUGAAGCGACAAAUCGUUUUACAGCAACAGAUCAUUGAAGACAAAGACAGAACCAUUCGGUUAUUACAGCAACAAAUGGCCAAGUAUUCAAACAUCAACAGCGCAUACGUGUCCCCGAACUUAAGCGCCGAGAGGGUGAACGCCAGCUGUCAGACCGACCGGUGCCACAACGCCUCCGACAUCAACCCGCGGGCCGUUUCCGACGGUUCCAAUGGGAUGCUCGUCAGCGUUUGUUGUACUCAUGUUCCCGACACCAACACAUGAGUGAAAAACACAAAUCUUCACACAUUUGUGUUGACACUAUGACAGCAGCUAUUGAUGGUGUGAUUCAAUACAGUUAACAGUGAUAUACAAAAAGCACAGAAUCGUAUUCAUGUGAUCACUCAUUCGUUAAUAAUUAUCACUUUUCAUUUUUCAAGAGUAUUGCUCCCAAACCACU